UCGAGAUGAAGGACCUGGAGGCCGGGGAGAAGAUGAGCAGCGAAGCGCUCUGGCUCUUCAAGCAGCUGAACCUCCACCUGGAGCAGGAGGGGCGGUUUCAGCCCCGCGAGAAGGGGCUCAGCCUCAUCGAGUGCGCGGCCGAGAGUGAAAAUUCUCUGUGCCCGAGACUAAGGAAUGUCAAGGUGGAAGAUCUUUGGAGUCUGACCAACUUCUUCGGUUUUGCAACUGAAACUUUUGUUUUGGCUGUUAAUAUUCUGGACAGAUUCCUGGCUCUAAUGAAGGUGAAACCAAAGCAUUUAUCUUGCAUUGGAGUCUGUUGUUUCCAGCUGGCUGCCCGAGUAGUUGAAGAAGAAUGCAAUAUUCCUUCUGCUCAUGAGAUCAUCCGGAUCAGCCAAUGUAAAUGCACUGUGUCCGACCUGAAACGGAUGGAAAAGAUAAUUUCAGAGAAGUUGCACUUUGAAUUUAAAGCUACUACUGCCUUAACCUUCUUGCACUUGUACCAUGCUAUUGUACUGUGUCAUACCUCAGAUAGGAAAGAAGUAUUGAAUCUUGACAAAUUGGAAGCACAGUUAAAAGCUUGCAACUGUCGCCUCGUCUUCUCUAAAGCAAAACCAUCUGUCUUGGCCUUGUGCCUUCUCACUCUAGAAGUUCAGACUUUGAAAUCUGUUGAGAUGUUUGAGAUUCUUCUGCGUGUUCAAAAGCAUUCAAAGAUAAGUGAUAGUGACCUGCUUUACUGGAGGGAACUGGUCUCGAAAUGCCUAGCAGAUUAUUCGUCUCCUGAAUGUUGCAAGCCAGACCAUAAAAAGCUAGUUUGGAUUGUUUCAAGACAUACAGCCCAGAAUCUGCAAAACAGUUACUACAGUGUUCCCGAGUUACCAACGAUACCAGAGGGUGGAUGCUUCAAUGAAAGCGAGAGUGAAGACUCCUGUGAAGAUAUGAGCAGUGGAGAAGAAAGCCUUAGCAGUUCCCCUCCAAGUGAUCUGGAAGGCACCUUCUUCUUCGACCUCAAACCUAAAGCGAAGUGGCAAACACUUAACUCCGAGUCUUAGGAUUAAUACUUGGUAGUUCUAGGUUAAGAAUUUGAACGCAUCAUAAUAUUUUGGCAAUAAUAAAUGGGGAGGUAAUUCUUUAUAUACUGUCUGUAUUAAGGCAAGAGUUGCCAUGAUUUAUCCAAAUGUUUAGAAUGCCUGCCUUGUGGUGUUCUGACCUUCUGAAGAGAAAACUUCCCUUCAGGUCCCAG